AGUUUAGGAAUCUUGUCAACACGUGUUGAAAAACAUUUUUGGGAUAUUAAGUUAACUUGCAGUUAAAGUUAAGAAAAAUGUCGGUGUUACAACGUGUGGUCAAACCUUUCACACGUAAAGGAAAAAAAGUGUUAAUGAAGAGAGAGCCGCAGAUUAUUGAAGGACCCAAAAAAGCUGUAUUUUUUCAAGGAAGGAAAUGUUCUGAGAAACUAAGAAGACUUCUGAAGGAUAUGUAUGAUAUUAAAAAACCAGAUUCUCUUAUGCUAAACAAAAAAAAUGAUAUUACUAUCUUUGAAAAUGUAACUCCUGUGGAGAAUAUUUGCAAGAAACAUGAAACUCCAGUGUUUUUGAUGGGAUCUCAUAGUAAAAAAAGACCUGAUAAUCUAGUAAUUGGUAGAAUGUUUAAUUAUAGUUUAUUAGACAUGAUAGAAUUAUAUGUAGAAUCUUUUGAAGGCUUGAGAGAAUUUGCUGCCUCCAAAAUAUCUUUGGGUACAAAGCCUGUUUUAAUAUUUAAUGGGCUACAAUGGGAACAAACAGAUAAAAUGAGACAUUUAAAGUCAAUUUUCAUAGAUUUUUUCCAUAGAGAAACUGUAGAUGCAGUUAGGUUGCAGGGAAUAGAGCAUACUAUUAGUCUCAAUGCAACUUCAGAAGGCAAGAUUUUACUUAGGUCAUACAAAGUUUUGCUUAAGAAAUCUGGGUGUAGAACACCACGGGUAGAACUGGAAGAAAUUGGUCCUCGUGUAGAUUUUGCACUCAGACGCACUAGGCUACCAACUGAAGAUUUAAUAAAGGAAGCAUGCCGCAAACCUAGGGAAUUGAAGGUCAUCAAAAAGAAGAAUAUCAGCACAGAUAAGCUGGGAACCACUCAUAGCACAAUCCAUGUUGGCAAACAAGAAAUAAACAAAUUACAAACCCGUAAAAUGAAGGGACUUAAGAAGACUCCAGUAGAGAAAAAAGCAGAAAGGGCAGCCAAAAAGAGGUCAAUAAAAGUAAAUAAGGAAGAAAUAGAACCAGUUAAAAAACAAAAAAGGGGUUAGCAAUUUUAUGAAUAAAAUAUUGUUAUUUUGUGCAUAUUAAUUUAAGUUUUUUAAACUGUAAUUAUAUUAAGUUUAUUAUUUAAUUUUAUCAACAACAAAACAAGGACUGUAAAUAUAGGUACAUAAUGUUACGUAUGUACCCUGUUUAUUAAAAUAUUAAUGAAAAUAUUUUUAGAUUACUUGGACUGUACAUAACAUUAUUUUAAGAAAUAAAC